AUAGCCCUACUAACCACCUAUGGACGUCCAAAUGACAGUUAUCAUGCGCAGUUUGCACGUUUUCUACAACAAUGUAACCGUCAAGUGUGGAGAGCGUUCUACUUUACGGCUGAUCAUUUUUCAUGGAUUUCACCUAUGUUCCUUCACAUUGCUUUGGCAAUUACCACUCUCAGAAGCAGACUAAUGUACAAUCCAGCAGCUAAGGUGGGUGUGUUGGACACCACGAACUGGCAAUGGGUUGAAGUAUUUUCCGUCAACGACUACUACUUUACGAAUAUUGUUAUGUUCGACAGCGGCCAAAUGCUUAUACAUCAAACGGACAAAAGCUGGAAUACUGAGCAGUAUGGUGUCCUACGAAAUCCGUUCGUUGUGUGCACACUGCAGUCAUCUGCUGAAUUGACUUCACGACCAUCUACCUAUGAUGACGAAAGAGAGACAAUAGUAAGGCGGUUGCGGUGA